AUCACAGUUUUUAUGCACUGCCACCUCUCUCUUUCUCUCACGUCUACAGUGCAGAAAAGGCUGGAUGCCCUGCAAUAUGUCCAUUUUUAAAUGCAAGCUACAUUUUAUACAUCACAGACUGGUACAAACAGGAGACAUGUCUGUGCAUGCUGUAUCACAUUUCAGAUUCAGAGCCUUUCUUGUAAAUCACUCGCUCAGUUCACUCAGUCGCUUGCUCGCACAUUUAGUUAAUGCUUAGCAGGCUCAGUUGUGCAGGAAACCUGGCUAAAUCCUUUCAUAUUGUUUGAUCGUUUUUAACUGUAGCUUUCUCUUCUAUUAGUCACCUUUAAAACUUCAAUCAGCUAAACUAUUAGCCAUACAAGUCUAUUUGGUGUGGUUACAAAAGCUGAAUUUGGAUAAAUAGUGGUCAGCCUUUCUUCACCUUGAUAUUUGCCAGUUGCACGAGGAGGCAAACAUAAGGUUUUACUUUUAGUUCCAGCGGAAAGUAAGUAAUUAAGUGCUUGAAAAAGCCGACAACCGCUUCCAUUCCGACGCUGCUGUUAAAGUCAGAAUAACUUCCACAUGAAGAAGGGCGGUCUUAAAUUAACUCCUAUAUGAAUGUUCAACCCAAAUGUAUGGCCUUAAGUUGGUUGUGUGGAUAAAAAACCAGGGCAGCUGAGCGGCUAUGAAAAGGUGCUGCUUUCUACUAGUGACACUGUGUCCUUUUUUAAACAUCCCUUCGCCACUUGUAUUAAAAAAGCAGACACCAGAAAUGCCUAAUUUGUGAAAAUGCCAUCAAAAAAAAUCAUUUCUCGAGAGCAGUGUUCAUUUCUAACCGGCCCUGUUUGAAAUCCUGACCUGCUCAGCCAAAGCCCAGCUCUCCUGAAGUGUCCUGUUCUUGUCCAUUUGUCAAAGUGAGCUACGAACGGGCAUCAGCAAAACACAGAUAGAUGGCGAGAGAGCACUCGGGUUGAAGUGUGUGUGUACUUCAUUCGCAGAAGGCCUGACAUGGUGAGCUGUGGGGAAUGAAGAUAAACAGAUGUUUUAGAGGAGUACAGAUUACCAGGAUUGCUGGACGCUGGGAGCCUCCCAAGAAAGAGUGGCUGGUUCUCUUCUGUAGAUACUAAGCAGCACUGAGUAUAAAGGGAGAUAAUAUUUGACAUUUAUUGACGAGGACUGUACUCACGUGCCUCAUAAAACUGAGAGGAGCUGUGUGGUGACUGCUGGAGUUGUUAGGAUCCUUUGUGUCCUCUUAGCAGUGGGUGCAUUUGGAAGCAUGCUUGCUAAAGAAAGGGAGGGAAGUAGAUAUGACUGGAGCUUUCCCACUCUCAUGGUACAGGCAUCCAUCUUGGUCCUGUCACAAGGGCGUCUGCUGCCCCAGACAGGGAGACGACAGCACGCAGAAGCCAUAAACACUCGCUCCGCCUGGCCAUAGCAUCCUUCCCUAUGCUCACAUCCUCAUUCUCUCCUCGUCUCUAUGUCUGUCUACCUCUUUAUUUAUUUAUCUGUGUCCCUCUCACACACAUUUACAUACAAACAUACACACACUGGUACACAGUGCAUGUUGGGUUGUGGUGGGAAAGUGCAGCUCAAGCGAAAAAGGCCAGUGACAGGCAGGAUGGCGACAGAAGGACGGCCACCCGACACCACACACUCGAGCACUGAGCCAUGCUGCUCGAUCAAUGCACAGUCAGACAAAGAUCCCCAGCCUGCACUAACACACUCUACACACACUGCAGAUGACAAGACCAUAGCUGUCCAUAAUUAACCUAAUUCGAAAAGCUUCUAAUCGACACUGUAUUUGCACUGUAUUUGUCUUUCGCUGAAGUCAUCUCUGAUGUCCGUCAUUCACUGUACGACAAUCCGAAUUUUAUUGACAGUGUUGUUAUCUUGUGUUCUCUGAUGAUCUUUGUCAUUUUGUCAUUUUAAUGCUCACUGAGAUACACAUCAGAGGUAGUACAUCAGAGGUGUCUGAAAAGUAUGCAGUACAUUUGCUUGACAGUUUGAUAAGAUUGAAAAAGACUGAUGUGAUUAGUGCAAAGUAUACAAGCCUGCCAUUUCCUAUCAAUAACUGAUCUUUAGGGGUGUGUGUGUGUGUGUGUGUGUGUGUGUGUGUGAGAGUGAGAGAGAGAGAGAGAGAGAGAGAGAGGAGUGUUUUGUCAGGGACAGGCUGAACAGGACGAUGACCUCUCUGUCAGUAGGAUUAGCCUCCUGUAUUAAUCUGUGAUUGCUGGAGUGAUCUGUCCACAGUGUGUGUGCGUGUGUGUCUGGAUUCGGAGCUGAUCUGCUUACGUGCUACAGACAGACUCCUUACCCCGGCUUUGGUGGGCGCCCCACUGACAGGGCAAUAAGAUAAUUAUUUUGUCUAACAUGCAGCAGCAGCUCUUUUGUCUGUUUUGCUGAACACUUGCAGCACUCAGAGGCUUUUAUCUGAACACAUCUGAAUUAUCCUGAAAUACAAACCGAUGAAGUGAUUCAUUAUUUCACUCAUCUGAGCACAUUUAUAUCAUUAAAAUGUACAUAUUUUACCACUGUUGUCGUUUUUUUUUUUUAUUUGAACAUUGUGCUGUCAGUGGUAGCAGUCAGCUGUCUUAGAUCAACAGCUUGUUCUUCCCUUAGAGCAUGUCAUGCUGACAUUUAAUAGAAAGUACAUUAGCAUAGCGAGUGACAGCUAAUGUGUUUGUCUGGCAGGACGCGUCUCUCAUUCACACACCCCUAUUCAGAUGGCCUGCUAUUGUUUACACUUUUCUCUACCAAUUUCAUCUCCAUAAGACCCGUUUUUGCUUGCAUGCGAGAGCAAAGAUAGCACUCCAUUGUUCUUCUUGAGAUGUUGCGACAGACUAAUUGCAAGGUGCGCUCCUGGUCGAGUGUUUUUUACAUGCAUUUUGACUAGUUUUAGCAAGUGGCACAGAAGACAGUUGCGACUGGAUACACAACAAUGCUUUGUUGUCUUUUCCAAAGUGUACUUUAAAUGUUCAGAACACAGCAGCUCCUCUGUGGCUUCAGUUCAUCUGCAUUGUACUUUGAAUUGGGUUUAUAUUUUAAAAGAUUAAAAAAAUGGACUUAUUGGUUUCUAAUUAGGGACGUAUGAUGUGUUGAUGUUCAUAACUCUCUGGAUUUUGCACUGUUGGUUCUGUUUACUUAUUUAUUUCCAGGGGGAUUCCAUGACUGGGGUGCCGUUUGGAACUCGUGGAACUCUUCAUUUGUUAACACGGAAUCUGUGAAAACAUUAAAAAUGUGUUAAUCCAUCUCAAGCAACAUCUCUCAUUUUUUGUUUCUUUGCUGACAAUGGCUGCGUUAUGCUCUUAAAAGAGUAACAGGGUUGAACGUAACAGGACCGAUUUUUUUAUUUUUUUAUUUUAAUUUUUUUUUUUGCAUUGAAUUAGCAGAUACACAACAUCUGGUUAACUAACAUCUAUGCUAAUGGCAUGAGGACAUUAUGGACAUUAUGAUUUACUUAAUAUUUUUCCGUUAAUUGUUUACUUUCAAACUAACGUUUCUUCUUCCCAUGAUCUUUAAGAAGUUGCAGCUUCCUGUUGAACAUGUGACUUGUUGAAUAUUCAAAAAUAUUUCCCAGGGUUGAAUGUGUUCGUGUAGCAGAGCUGAGAGAAUGUUUUCAGAACUAAAAUGUACAUUUUUCAUAAACUCUAAUGGAUGACUCAUGGAAAAGGAUGUUUCAAGCAUGAGAUGUUAAAUGAAUUCACACAUUAUUGUAAAAAUAAGAUAAGAUUUUUGAAUUAUUUUAAUGAUUAUUGAAUCUCAGUGUAGUUAUAGUGUAUAGGUUUUAUUAAUGAUUUAAGUUAUUUAUCUGAAAUAUGUACAUAGGUUUUUGUAAAGUACACUUUAUCUGUGUUUAAAAUGACUUUUACCUUUAAUUUACAUACAUAUUUGUAAAUCAAAUAUCAGUGGGACACAAAUGGCUCCUCAAUCGUUUAUUAUUCAUUUUCAGGACUAUGAUACAAUCCAAAAGUCAUCAGCUGUUGGGUUUUGGGAGGUGCUCUGGUGGAUUUUGGGCUUCCAAACAAUGGCUUAACACCCUAAGAGUGGGGCACAGAUUGAUAGUAUCCAGCAUGCACCCUGACUCCUUACAGCAGCUCAGUGAAAAAUCAUCCUUCUCUUAAUUUUCGGCGCCCUCUGUUGCAAAGCGUGAGCUGCCAUGUUAAUGCACUCAGCCGUCUCCUUGAGCGAUGCUUCCCACUUCUCAUUUUAGCAGCACAAAACUUGCACCACGCCGGAGCUUUUUACUCCUUAAUCACAUUUGUUUGUGUAAGUUAGGGUAAGAAUAGCCUUGUUAGACAGAGCUGAUUGCUCAAGAAGACACAGUGAUGAGCUUUUUAAUGUUUUGAAUGAAUGACUGAAUGAAGGUGGAAGUGAAAGCAGCUCCAAAGCUGCAGCAGUGAGGUGUGUAACUACCAUCCUCCUGUAGUGCAAAUGUAAAGAAUGUCACUGCUCUGCAUAAGAAUUCUGUCAGCAUGUUGUAAAUCAGCCCAACUGGAAGGCAGCGUCAGGAGAGCACCCAGUCUGCCAUGUCGCCAGUGACGGAUUGCUUUCCUUGGCCCUGCCGUAUUUUACAUGUCAUAUCCACAUACGCAGUUUACAGAGCUGAUGUGAGUGCAAACACACAGGAAACCCAAGCCUAGGGCUCUCCCUGCGGCACACAUUUGCAGCAAACCAUUCUUUCUCCCUUCUUUAUUCAAUUCACCACCCAGCGAUCAGAAAUCCACUGCCUCGGUUUCUCUGUGUGGAGCUUUACCUCUAAUGAUGUGUAAUUAGUAAGCCAGAAUCUCUUGUGUUAGUAAUGUAAUCAACCCCUGCGGUGGGGAGAGAAGCAGGCUGAAAUAAUGAACAGGACUGGUUUUGCCUCUAAUGAGGCCACUGUUUUGACAUGUUCUGUGCUCUGUCCAGCUGAUGAAAUCGCUCAGCAACAGUUAAACUGGAGUUCAGUCCUUAUAUUGUACUUGGUGUGAAACUAUCAACAUUUCAGAGUUGUAGCGCAAUCAAAAAAGUUCAUCUGAACUUGGAUCGGCUUUGAAGACUUAUUUGCAUCCACCCAGAUGUGUGAGAAGUAGCGACUGUAUUGUUGGAGACCUGCUAUGACUCAUUGCGUUUGCAGUAAGAGUGAGAGGAAGCUCAAUUUCCUGUCUGAGCCAGCUUCAUCUCCUCACCUCUUUAAUGUAGCCUGCAGCCCUGACAUGUCCUCGUGUUUCUAUGAAUUCUUUCACCCUCCAGAAAUAUAAUAUUGAAGGACUCAUUCUGAGUCUCAGCCUGCGAGGUUGCUCUGGCCCUGAUGCUUUAAUAUAUAACAGAUGUUAUAGUCUGGACAGAUGAUUUAUUUUUAAUUGGAUGACAGUGAUAAGCAUGACAAUAAUAAUUUUCUAGGGUUUUGGUUGUGUCAAGUUAAAGCUACCAACAACGCAGCACUAUGCAACACUAAUUUAACGACUCUUUAUUCAUUCAUUCAUUCAUUAAUGGAGACUUGCCACUGACAGCCUGGGAAAAAGCAGGACCUGUUUCUAAAUUUGAACACUUUAGGUGGUUAUAAGCAGCCCUCAUCAUCAAGGGAAUUAAAAACUAACAAUUUUCCCAUCAGCGUCGCCCUCUCUGAUAGUGUGGGUAAGAUGGUUCAGUUGGGCCGGCUAUCAGCCUUGGACUUAAUUAAUCAGCGUAAUUUGUUGCCACUAGUGUCAGACAAACCCACGUAAACUCGCACCGAUUAGCUUCACCAAUAGGGAGGAUUCCCCUGCUUUGGUAGCGGUAAUCACUUUUUUCAAACACAGCUUUGACUGGAUUGAUUCAAGCUUGUUGUUUGGGAUUUUUUCCCAUCGCUCUCUCUUGUGAUGCUUUGGCUAUGGGCCAAGACACAGACUGUCUGCCACGUUAGGCACCAUCCCCCUUUGCAAGUCUGAAAUGUGAGCCGCCUGCAUAUUUCCCUCUUGCUCCCUUCGGGGCAAAGUGGCACGCCGUGCAUGUGUAUGCGAGUGUGUGUAUGUGUGUCUGCGCUCAUGUGUGUGUCUGUCCAUCCAUCUCGAUGUGAUGGGGACAUUAGGCAAAGGUGCAAUGGAUCACUAGAGAGAGAGACUGGGGACAUCAGUUACAUCCAAGCACUGCUGUCGUCCUGGUGCGAGGAGCUGGGUCGGCUGCUCCUGCUGCGGCACCAGAAGAAUCGGCAGAACGAACCCCAGGGCAAAGUGCCUAUGCAGCCACCCAUGAACUCUAUGAAGCCGUCGCUCUCCCAUGGUGAUGGGUCCUUUCCGUAUGACUCCGUUCCCUGGCAGCAGAAUGCCAAUCAGGCCCCAGGCUCACUGUCAGUGGUGACGACUGUGUGGGGGGUGACCAAUACAUCACAAAGUCAGGUAUUGGGCAACCCCAUGGCUAACACCAACAACCCCAUGAACCCUGGAGGCAAUGGAAUUGGGUCUGGCAUGUCUGCCAACAACCCAGGGCUGAACUCCCCUCAGUUUCCUGGCCAGCAGCAGCAGUUCUCAGCCAAAGGUGGCUCCAACCAGGCCUACAUGCAGCAGGGCAUGUAUGGGCGAGCAGGGCAUCCAGGAGCUGGAGGAUUCAGCGGGAGUUAUCCGGGUGGUCCGAAUGCCCCAGGUGGCAUAGGCAUGCCCCCUCACACCCGGCCUCCGUCCGACUUUACCCAGCCUGCUGCUGCUGCCGCUGCUGCCGCCGUCGCCGCCGCUGCUGCCACGGCAACAGCCACUGCCACGGCAACUGUGGCUGCCCUGCAGGAAACCAACAAGGACAUGAACCAGUAUGGACAGAUGUGCUCAUCGUUUCAGAUGGGCCCUACGCAGGGCUAUAACAGCCAGUUUAUGAACCAGCCUGGACCCCGGGGCCCGCCGGCCAUGGCAGGAGGCAUGAACCCAGCUGGCAUGGGUGCUGGCAUUAACAGCUCCAAUAUCAGCGGCCCUCCAAUGGGCAUGAACCAGCCCCGGGCACCAGGAAUGGGGCCGUUCGCUGCCCAUGGCCAGAGGAUGCCCCAGCAAGGAUAUCCAGGCCCCAGACCUCAGUCCAUGCCGAUACAGGGCACAAAGAGGCCCUAUCCUGGAGAGCCAAACUAUGGGGGACAGCAGUUUGGACCUAAUGGCCAGUUCCCCAAUCAGCAAGGACAGUACCCAAACCCUAACGCCUCCAGAGCCCUGCCCUCUCCCAGUUACCCCGGCCAGAGGAUGCCAGGCCAGCAGGGCACAGGCCAGUACCCGCCUUCAGGAGUACCCAUGGGCCAGUACUACAAGCAGGAGCCAUUUAAUGGCCAAAAUAACAAUUUCUCUGGAGGUAGUUAUGGCUAUAAUCAAGGCAAUGGGCCUCCUCGGCAGGUUGUGAACUAUCCUCAUUCACCCGUUCCUGGGAAUCCCACACCACCCAUGACUCCAGGAAGCAGUAUCCCUCCAUACCUAUCGCCCAACCAGGACGUCAAGCCUCCGUUUCCCCCUGAUAUGAAACCCAAUAUGACAUCUCUGCCUCCACCACCGACUAAUCCCAAUGAGGAGCUGCGGCUGACCUUCCCCGUACGUGACGGUGUGGUGCUCGAGCCGUUCAGACUGGAGCACAACCUGGCUGUCAGCAACCACGUCUUCCACCUGCGGCCCUCUGUUCAUCAAACACUCAUGUGGAGGUCUGACCUGGAGCUGCAGUUUAAGUGCUACCACCAUGAGGACCGGCAGAUGAACACGAACUGGCCAGCGUCGGUGCAGGUCAGCGUUAAUGCCACGCCACUCACCAUCGAGAGAGGAGACAACAAGACAUCCCACAAACCCCUGCACCUGAAGCAUGUGUGUCAGCCGGGAAGGAACACCAUCCAGAUUACCGUCACAGCCUGCUGCUGUUCUCACUUGUUCGUGCUGCAGCUGGUGCACAGGCCGUCAGUGAGAUCCGUCCUGCAGGGUCUGCUCAAGAAGAGGCUCCUGCCCGCAGAACACUGCAUUACCAAAAUAAAGAGAAAUUUUAGCAGUGUAGCAGCGUCCUCUGGGAACGCCACACUGAACGGAGAGGAUGGUGUGGAGCAGACGGCCAUCAAAGUGUCCCUUAAGUGUCCCAUAACAUUCCGGCGGAUCCAACUUCCAGCCCGGGGACACGAUUGCAAGCAUGUGCAGUGUUUUGACCUGGAGUCCUACCUGCAGCUGAACUGUGAGAGAGGGACGUGGAGGUGUCCUGUAUGCAAUAAAACCGCGUUACUGGAAGGUCUGGAAGUGGACCAGUACAUGUGGGGAAUUCUCAAUGCCAUCCAAAAUUCGGAGUUUGAAGAGGUCACCAUUGACCCCACAUGUAGUUGGCGGCCGGUGCCCAUAAAGUCUGACCUGCACAUAAAGGAGGAUCCAGAUGGCCCUCUGGCCAAGCGCUUUAAAACUAUGAGUCCCAGUCAAAUGAUCAUGCCUAACGUGAUGGAUAUGAUUGCUCAGCUGGGGCCAGGACCCUCACCCUACACCUCCCUCCCGCCUCAGCAUGGCGGGAACAACACAGAGUACACCAGCCAAGGCAACAGUUACCAGGGCCAUGGAAACUUUGACUUUCCACACAGUAAUUCUGGUGGAGGAGCUCCAAUAAAUGACUUCAUGCAUGGCCCUCAGCUUUCGCACCCUCCGGAUGUACCCAACAACCUCAUGGGUCCAGACAAACCUCUGAGCCAUGGCAUGGCCGACUCGAUGCCUCAUCCUGUGAGUGCUGAGCAAUCCCAUGCUUCCAUGCCACCAGGCAUGCACGUAUCGCCCCACCCCAACAGCCAAUCUGCACAGCCAUUACAUCACAGCGGCCCUUCAUCUGGCCCGCCCCCACGCCAAGCUCCGCCCACACAGCAGCAACAGCCUGGCCCCAACAGCCACACGCACAGUGACAUGACCUUUAACCCUGGUGCUGAGGGCCAGGUGGGCAGUCAGGGGGCAGCAGACAUGCCCGAGCCCUCUCUGGAGCUGCUGCCCGAGCUGGCCAACCCAGAUGAGUUACUGUCAUAUCUGGACCCUCCGGACCUCCCAAGCAACAGCAACGACGAUCUGCUCUCCCUCUUUGAGAACAACUGACUUCCCUAACCCACCUUUACAUGAGGCACUGACAAGUUCAGCUGUCAGGAGUCAAGCAGAACCCUGACCACCAAUUCAGUACUUUACAACCGCGAAACACUCGUCCUCCCUCUGCCUCUACUUGUGUAAAUAUCUCACUCUUUUACGGACGUCCUUUUUCCACACAUGUAUGGCAGCCAUGUUGGUUGGCACUAAAGUGAUAUUUCAAUACUAAUAUGAAAAAAAAACUGUGCAGCUAUAAUCAUAAGAAUAUAUGUCACACAGAACUGUAUGUGUGCUCACUAGGAAAGUGUUGUAGCAUUUUUUUAAUUCAGAUUUUUUUUCCUUUUGUGAAAAGCAAGACCUGAAUAGAAAAAAAAGAUACUUCCUGUACUGGCUUAUGUGUGUGUCCCCCAUGAGCAUUCUGAGGUUUGUUCUUCCAAGCUUUAUGUCCACAGCUUCCCAAAUCUCCAUCUAGUGUUUUUGACUGGAUGUCCUCACUGUAUAUCAGAAGUCCCUUGGAAAAAGCACAACAGCAUUCAGCAGAACUGCAACAGGAAGACUGAGAAGGAAAACAUCACAGGAACAAAAGGCUGCAUCACAGUCACUGCGAGGUUUAGCAUCAUAGCAAUGUGGUACUCCCAUCUCACAGACUAAUGCCGGGCCUCUGAAGUCCUCUGUAGCUCAUGUGGAACGUGUGAACGCGUGGUGUGUGGGAAUCUUCUUCAGAUCGGCAUAUCAUAUCUCAUUUUGUCCAUCAUAUUCACUCACGAGUGUUGUGUUCAAAUCAGAACAAGUUCCCGAGGGCAUUGUGACAAUUCAUUUCACUGUUUUUUAUAGGAACACCAACAUAUCAAUACUGUGUGUGUGAUAACGUGCAUCAAUAACCAGCACUGUACCUCCUUCACAAAUCUCUCCAUCUCAGAGUACUGUGGAAUCAAAGUCGGUGGGCAACGCAAUUCAUUUUUGUAACGUGAGAAGUAAUGCAAUCACUUUUUAAAGAGUAGUUUGAGUGUUAAAACAUCCGUAUGCUCUGUCAGCUGUCUCUUCUGGGAGUCUUUCCCCAUUUAAUGCAUGAGCUUUGUCCCUCCCAGGCCUGUGAUGUCAUGAAUAACAAGAACUCCGUGUGUGCAUACAGUGUGUUCAUUGUGCACUCGUGCCAAUCCCACGUUGUUUUUAGUGACCGAACCGAAGUGUAGACUGAUUUUCUUUUUUAAAUCAGUGCGUUCAGACGUGUUCCUCUGUCCUGUUUUUAUUCAUUUUAAACAUGAACUAUGAUCAUGUAAAGACUACGUUUGUUAUGCGCAAUAUAUUGUUCAUGAUAUAAUUCCUGUUUUCCCCCUGUUGGUGUAACUCUCUAAAUGUACAGUGUAUGUGCGUUUAUUACAAAAUGGCCAUGUAUUACCAAAGUUCUGCAUAGUGAUUGGAGGAGAUGGCCCAAACCUGGCAUACUAAGCUAAUAAUCUUCUUUUGAGCUGGUUAAGCAUGUGACACCUUCAUUUCCAUCAGUGCGUUCACACAACAAUAUAAUUAUCACAUGCUAUUGUAUGGUACAAUAAUUUUUAUGGUCUUUGUUUUGUAGAGGUUACACGUCUAUGUACAAGUCUACAUAAUCUGUUUUAUUUUUAUCCCCAUAACCCCCUGAAAGAGUCUCAGAAACGAUAUUUUCGCCAUGUGUGUACAUUUUGGCGUAAGGCCCAACUCGCCUAGUCGAAAAGGAAACCACUUAACACAUCAGAUUACUGUUUAACAGUUUUUAUAUUAUGAAACACAGUAUAAAUUCAGCAUAAUAGGAACUGCAUAUAAAUAUGCAUUACUCCUUGCUUAUUUAAAUUCUGUUAAUCAACAGAAUGUACUGUAUGUUUGCUUUAAGUUUUUUUUCCUUUUGAGUUAGUGCUCAGACAAUACAUUGACUUGUUUGAGCUUCACAAAUGCAUACAGCUGAAUACCUUUCACAAUGUAUUUUAUUUUUCAACCUUCAUUUCCAUUUUAAAUUAUUUUGUAUCACCGACUGUUGGUGUUCAGUUAUGUAUAGACCUUAUGUUCGUUGCUGACGCAUUUUAAGUCCUUCUAAACAGGCAGAUGUGUUUUAGCCUGUAGCUCCAGUUGGUUUGUAAUUCACUUGUAUGUCUUUUUUUUUUUUUUUUUUAACUGAUGCACUGCCACAUUUUUGUUCUUACUUUGUAGACACCUACAGACAGAAACUGAACUGAACUCUCCACUUGCACAUUGGUUGCACUGCAGGUUGUUGAGAUGAGUCCCUGUUUUAGACCUGUCACUUACUGUAGCUGUACAGUUAUUGGAGAAGAAAGCGAGUCGAUGUGAUGAGACAGUUACAGUGAAAUGAAUUAGAUGCUGUUUGUCCCUGAUUCAGCCACAGGUCUCAAUGGGAAACGGUUUGAAAGAACACUCUAGCAGGGGACAUAAGGGAUGCAUGUAUAUAUGUAAAUGACAUAGAGACACGUUAACAGAAAUGUAUUCAUUUUCCCCAGGGGAAUGUGCAUUGUGUAUUUAGAAUUUGUAAAGCUUGCAACCUCCUAUCAGACUCGAAUUGGGUAAAAUGAAUCUGUGUUUGUUAGCGUCUGUGGAACCUCUUUCCAUUUUUUUUUGUUCUUUUGUUUCACUUAUGUAAAAUAUUUCCAAUGCCUCCUAGAAAAGGGGAAUUAUGGGGGCAAAGAGACACACUUGUUUCACCUUUGUGUAAUUAGCUUCCGUGUAUUGCUCCAUUACCUGUGUACUCUAUAAGGUGCUACAAAAGAUGAAGAAAAUCCUGGGGAAUAAUUUGGAGGACGGGGCAUGGGGCCUGGAGUGGUUCCAAAAGAUUGUAACCAAAUUAAUAGUUUGUACAAUUUUGAUAUCACGAUCAGAGGAAAAAAAAAAGGUACAAUCUGAGGUGAUUGGCGCCUAAAGUGGCAGUUGUCUUUUUUGUUUUGUACAUUCUGUGUACAAUCAUUUCAUAUUCUAAACUGUUCGGAAGAAAAUAAACUAAUUGUGAUUUUUAGUCUUGCAAAACUGUAUGUAGUUAGAUGCUGUGACAUCCUAAUAUUUAUCUAAUAAAUAUGUAUUCAGAUGAAACACGCUCA